UUGGAGGUGGGAGAGGGUGCGGGGUGACCGUGACAGCUGUGGGAGCAUUUGCUGGGUGCCUGCUGAACUUGGCUCUCCUGGAGUCCUCAUCCCAACCCCCUGAGGCAGGGCUGUCACCCCCAUCUCACAGAUGAAGAAACCGAGCCUCACCGGGUGGAGUCCCUCAUCCCACGUCACUGCGGUAGGAAGAGGCAGUGCCGGCUUUGGGGCCAGGGCUGACUGCUGUCAGAACCCAGAUCUACCCCGUAGUCUUGCUCCGCACCUGGUUAGGGGAGAGGAGGGCAAGACGGAGGGAGAUCUGACUGAUAGCAACCAAGCCGGGAGAAACAGGGAUCGGCACUUGAGUUUUGCAGACGAGGAAUUUGAGGUGGCUCAGAUUCGGGAAGUCAUCGGACCUAGGUCACACAGCAAAAGUACCUGGGGCCUGCCUUCCCCCUCGUUCCAGGUCAUGAUGAUUCUGCAAUUAAUCAUUCUCGCUCUGGUGACAGGGCACGCAGGGGGAGAGACCAGGAUCAUCAAGGGCUACGAGUGUCCUCCUCAUUCCCAGCCCUGGCAAGUGGCUCUGUUCCAGAAGACACGGCUGCUGUGUGGGGCAACCCUCAUCGCCCCCAGAUGGCUCCUGACAGCAGCCCACUGCCGCAAGCCCCGAUACGUAGUCCACCUGGGAGAACACAACCUCCAGCGGCAGGACGGCUAUGAGCAGACCCGGACAGCCACUGAGUCCUUCCCCCACCCGGGCUUCAACUACAGUCUCCCCAACAAAGACCACCGCAAUGACAUCAUGCUGGUGAAGAUGGCGGCACCAGCCUUCAUCACCUGGGCCGUGCGACCCCUCACCCUGUCAUCACACUGUGUCACUGCUGGCACCCACUGCCUCAUUUCCGGCUGGGGCACCACGUCCAGCCCCCAGUUGCACGUGCCCCAUAACUUGCGAUGUGCUAACAUCACCAUCAUUGAUCACAAGAAGUGUGAGAACGCCUACCCUGGCAACAUCACAGAUACCAUGGUCUGUGCCAGUGUCCAACAAGAGGGCAAGGACUCUUGCCAGGGUGAUUCUGGGGGUCCUCUGGUCUGUAACGGGUCUCUUCAAGGCAUCAUCUCCUGGGGCCAGGAUCCAUGUGCUGUCACCAGAAAGCCCGGUGUUUACACAAAGGUCUGCAAAUACGUGGACUGGAUCCAGAAGACGAUGGAGAAUAAUUAGCCAGGACCAGCGCAUCACAGCUCAAUACCCUUAAUCCGUACCUUGGGCUGUGGUUCCUGCUCAUUCUGUUAAUAAUAAAGCCUGAGCCAGGA